CUUAGUAGCAUAGCACCAAGGAGCAAUGGGCACUUAUAAUUCUUCACACUUCUUUUUCUUAUGUCUCCUAACUUUUUUCACAUUGUCAUUUGCCAUUAGACCAAAACACUUCAACUUAUCCACUGUCGCCACCCAUUGGUCAAACGCCGCCGCCACGUGGUAUGGCAGCCCUGACGGUGCCGGAAGUGACGGAGGUUCAUGUGGCUAUGGAAAUUCAGUGUCACAAGCACCAUUUUCUUCCAUGGUGACUGGAAUUGGCCCAUCUCUUUACAAUGCAGGAAAAGAAUGUGGGGCUUGUUAUCAGGUAAAAUGUACCAAGCAUCCAUCAUGUUCACGAAAACCAGCCCGGGUUGUCAUUACUGAUUUUUGCCCGGGUGGCCCGUGUGCUUCUGACCGUGCACAUUUUGAUCUUAGCGGGACUGCUUUUGGUGCAAUGGCAAAACCGGGUCAAGAAAAACAUUUGCGUGACGCUGGAGUUUUACAAAUUCGAUAUGCACGAGUUGAGUGUGACUAUUCAAAAACGGGCUUAGUGUUCCAUGUAGACCAAGGAUCGAACCCUAAUUACUUUGCGACCGUGAUUGAAUUUGAAGAAGGGGAUGGAGAUUUAGCAGGAGUGAGUCUAAAAGAGGAAAGUAGCGACGAGUGGCUAAAAAUGGUUCAAUCAUGGGGCGCGGUUUGGAAAAUCGACCCUGGGAGGGAAUUACACCCUCCAUUUUCGCUACGAUUAAUAUCACAAUAUUCCAAAAAAGUUCUAGUGGCAAGAAAUGUUAUUCCUAGAGGAUGGACACCGGGGUCAACAUAUCGAUCUAUAGUGAAUUACCUCUAAAAGGAUUAUUUGAGACUUUAAGAGGUUAUAUUAUAAGUUUUUAAAUCAUCAUUUUGGAUGUUAUGAGUGAGAAUUAAGAGGUGGCUAUAAGGGGAGUCAUAUAUCUGAUUUCACAAUUAAAUAAUUGUGAAAUAUAGUUGACCGCUAAGUUACCCUUUUUAGGUUUGAAGAAUAAUAAUGUUCUGUUGCUUGUUUAUUAAAAUGGCAUCAAAGUGUUAUAAAAUACUUGGAUGGGUAGAUUUUGUCGUUUUUAGUGAGUAACAUGUAAUGUGUUCUGUUUCAUGAUGAUGUUAUACACAGUAAUUAUUACAAGUACUUUGUAAUGUGUUACUUAUAUAUAUAAUAAAACCACUGUCAUAAA